AUGGCAUCUACCGUGUCCCCGGCGCCAGCAUCUUCUAUCGCACGACAGAUUGCGGGUACAAAAACUGCACAGGAUCCACUUGAAGCAGCUCAGAUAGCUUUCGAAGAUGGUGUAAAAGCCUUCCAAGAGAUGACAAAAGACCCAAAGAAAAAGACCCUAGCCAGUGACAUUUUGGCCUCGCAUACGAUGCAGGAUGUCUUAGAUGUGGUGCAGAGGGCAACCACGCACUACCAUCGCGAUCGCAGCCAGUCUAGAUUUAGGGAGUACCUGAGCGCAUUCUCUCACCGUGUGAUGCAUUAUGGGAGUGUCAUGGACGUGCUGGUACAGCAUCAUCCCGAGUAUACUUCUCUAGCAUGGGGAGCUAUGAAGAUUGUAUUUGGUGCUGUGAUUGAGCAUGAGCGCACGGGGAUGACAAUAGUCGCUGCUCUAUGCGAUAUCUCGGAGUCACUUCCCACAGCAAAAUCCGCGAUUACGCUCUAUCCAACGCCGGCAAUGGUUGAAAGUGUAUCAAUGCUUUACGCACACAUUAUGCGUUUCCUCAUCCGAGCUUGGAAGUUUUAUCACGAGAGCAAACUUAUGCAUGCUGUACAUUCAGUCACAAGGCCGGCGGCCCUGCGCUAUGACGACCUUCUCAAGUCGAUACAAAGGGAUACUGAGUCCAUUCGAAGACUGGCCAUGACGAAUAGUCAGGAGGAGGUCAGAAGCAUACGCAACGAGGUGCUAGACUUGAGAGAAAGGCUCGAAAUGACGCAAGCCUGGGCAAACGCUGCUCAGACAAAGUCGCAAAUGGAGAUGCAUGCUUCAAUUGUCGACCACAAGCUCGUCUUGCAGACGGCAUUAGCUGAGCAGUCUUACUAUCGGAAUAGGCCCGGAACCAGGGGCGUGCUCUUCUGGAACUCGCCCAAGCUACGAGCAUGGGAUAGGUCAAAUUCUUCAUGCACUAUCUUACUAAAGUCCACACACCGCGAACGGAUUCAAACCCGGGGAUUUUGUGUGGAAGUCGUUGAGCAAAUCCUCAGCGCCCCAACAAAGCUUGGGCAAUCCGGCCCCAAAAGAUUCAAACCAUCCUCCAGAAUUGUUCUUUGGGUUCUGGGUGACAGGGGCAGGACCUAUUCCUUAACGGAGACACUGAAGAGCUUAGUCUAUCAGGCUCUUUGCUUCAAAUUCGCGGCUGCUGAAAGUACCAGCCCGAACGAGAUCUCUUUUCAUGUCACCAAGUUCAGGAACACCUACUUCGAGGAAGACUACCUGCAAAUCCUGGGAAGCUUGCUUCAAGAUUUCAAACUCAUCUACAUUGUCGCCAACGCGGAGGCCUUUGCGCCUGAUACAGCCGCGCAAUGCCGGGAUUUGCUUGGCCAACUAUCACGCAUGCUGUCUGGCCGCAGCGCCGAGACAGUAUUGAAGAUCAUCACUACAGCUUACGGUCCCCUGGAGCGAAAGAAAGACAGCGAGGCGCAAGACCUCGUCUUGGAUGUUGGCAGGGGUCGCGGGCGGAGAAUCGUGAAGCAAGGCCUGGGUCGUCAGAGGGCCAGACUGUAA